UAAACAUUCUUUAUUUAGUAGGUUUCUGUGACAAGUAAGAUUAAUUGUAAGAAGCUAUCCGUGUAGACAUCAUCAGUAUCAAUUAUAAAUCAGUUUUAAUCUUAUCUCUAGUUUCACUGAUUGGUUUUUAUUUAUAAUGUAAUUAAAAACGAAAAGUCAGUACUGAGAACUGGAUAAGGUUGGGGAGGUGUUUGGUAACUGGUGUCAUAACGACCACUUAACUUUACGGUACAUCGACAGCACCGGACUUAACGGAGACAGUAACCCCGAAACGUCCGGCUGAGUUCGGACACAGAGCCAAUCCGUUAUCACCACGUCAUCAUAAACGUGUCAAACGUCAAACCCGCCGUUAGCGUCCUUCCCUCGGUUUUCUAUUCUUAGAACAUGUGCGUCUACACACAGAGACUCGAAAUACUGUCAGUCAUACGUAUAUAUAUACGUAUUCGUAUCUACGAUCUUUUUAAUAUCUUAUACGGAAACUUGAUCCUUUUCUCUUUUAUCCUUUUCCCAUCUUCUCCGAUCGGUGGAAAUCUCUGUGCUUUCCUCUCUCUCUGGAAAUCACUCCUUUAACCUGCGCCUGCUUGAGCUCUUAACCUGCGCGCAUCGCCCGUUGAUGACAGCUGAGCUCGAUUGGUGGAUAAGCAGGAGGAAUCGAGGUCGAAGAGGAGAAAGCUAGAAAAUUUGAGAAAUCGCGGUGAAUUUACCGGGAGAGAUGGAGUUUUUGGCAGGUUCGACGUUUGGAAUUGAAAAGGCGGCGCAGAACAAGGCUGUUCCGGCGGCUCUGUUCUUGACGGAGGAAUCUAGCCGCGGUGGAAGCCGGAUCGGGUUAAGGAGAUGUGUUAGGUCUCCGGCGGAGGAGUUAUCGGAGAGUUCUUCGUCGGUCGGGCUGUCGGGAGAAAGUAGCGAUAACGAGGAAGAAGAAGACGCCGUUUCUUCUCAAGGAAGAUGGCUUGAUUCCUUCAGUUCCUCUCUGGAAGAUUCUCUUCCGAUUAAGAGAGGAUUAUCAAACCAUUACAUAGGGAAAUCGAAAUCAUUUGGGAAUUUAAUGGAAGCAAGCAAUGUCAAGAAUCUAGAGAAAGUUGAGAGUCCGUUGAACAAGAGAAGGAGGUUGCUUAUUGCUAAUAAGCUGAGGAGAAGAAGAUCAUCCUUGUCCUCUUUCAGCAUCUACUCCAAGACUAACCCUAACUCAAUGCCUUUACUUGCAUUACAAGAAUCUGACGAAGAGGAUCACAAAUACAAUGAUGAUUAUGAUGUCAGUAGUGAUGAUCAAAUUAGUAAGAUGCAAGAGAAGAGGAUGAAGAUGACGAAUAAUAGAGAUUUGUUGGUUCAGACUCGGAGCUGUUUCUGCUUAACUAGUUUUCAAGAUGAUCGAUGAUCCAUUUUGUUUUAUUGUUCCACUUUGUGUUCUCUUUUUUCUUUUUCGUUUGUGGGAGUAGAGAAAGUUUAAUUGUAAUGAUCAAGGAAAAUAAUUAAUGACUUGUCCUUUAAUUGUAAUACAGAUUUGAUUUGAGAAUUCUCAAUACAUAUUGUCUGUAAACUUUGGUGAGAUACAUUAUUUGACAAAAAAAAAAUCAUAAAAUUUUGCUCGGUUA